AUGCUUAACGAGUACACAAUCGCACUGAUCGCCGGCGUCGGCCUGGGCGUCCUCGUCGUGAGCCAUGUGGUGGCGUAUCUCAGGUCACCCCUCAAAGACAUUCCAGGGCCGUUUCUAGCCAAAUUCACCAACAUGUGGCGGCUUAUCGACCACUACAAAGCCACUCAAAUUAGCACUCAGCGAAGAUUGCACGAAGAGUUGGGCCCUGCUGUCCAGAUAGGGCCCAACGUUGUCAGCUUGAGCGACCCUACACUGCUGAAGACUGUGUAUUCGACUCGUGGGGAGUAUAUCAAGAAUGUCUUUGGCACUCGGAGCAACUCCCUCCACAGCAGGUAUUUGAAACCAAUACAGAAGCUGUACUCAGUGAACAGCAUGCUCUCUAUGGAAGGGCUGGUGGAUAAGACAACCAGGUCGCUGUGUGAGCAAAUCGAGAACCGCUUUGUGGAUGGCAAGAACGUGCAAAGGACUUGCGACAUCGCCGACUGGAUCGAAUUCUAUGCGUGGGAUGUUGUGGGCGAAGUGACCUUUAGCAAGGACUUUGGCUUCCUCAAAGGAGGCUCUGAUCAGAUGCAACUGAUAGAGACAGCUGAGAGUAUCAUGCAUUACUUUGGAGUCGUGGGUCAGAUGCCCAUAUUGGACAGGCUCCUAGGCAAAAAUCCCUGGUUCGCUGGACCAAGGAGCCCCAUCAAGUUCCCCAAUUUUGGGAGAGCUGCUGCGUUCUGCUUCGAGCAGCUUACAGAGCGUCUGUCCAACUACGACCUCGAGAAAGAGGGCGGCCGGCAGGACUUCCUCGGGGGGUUCCUCAAGGCAAAAGAAGAACACCCAGAUGUUAUCAACAAUAACGAGGUGUUGGGUUAUCUCUUGCUAAAUAUUCUCGCCGGAGCGGAUACAACAGCCAUUGUGCAAAAGGGCAUCGUAUACCACCUUCUCAGGAACCCGGUGGCACAGGCCAAGCUCCGAGCUGAGCUAGAUGCCACGAACCUUUCGUUCCCAGCGUCGUUCGCUGAGACGAGAGACCUUCCUUACCUCGACGCAGUUAUAAAAGAAGGCCUGCGCAUGCAUCCUCCAGUCGGGAACAUUCUGGAGCGAGUCGUUCCAUCUCCAGGUCUCGCGCUCCGCGACGGACGUGUGAUAGCACCCGGAACAAUUGUCGGCAUGAACCAGUGGAUUGUAUCGCGAGCCAAGGAUGUCUAUGGCGACGAUGCAGAUGUUUUCCGGCCAGAGAGGUGGCUUCGUGAAGACAACGAGACGAGUGUGGCGCAUGAGGCGCGUUUGAAGAUGAUGAAGGACGGAGACUUGGUCUUCGGCGGUGGCAACAGAAUAUGCUCGGGGAGACAUAUGGCGACCAUUGAGAUGUUCAAGGUAACGGCGACGUUGUUCAGCCGAUAUGAUAUGGAGCUCGACGACCCCAGCAUGGACUGGACGACUCAUCUAUGGUGGUUCAUUUUCACCAAAGACAUACGAGUAAAAAUAACUCGACGUAUAAAGUGA